CGUCACCUUAAUUGAAUUUAGCUCUUCUGUUGUUGGACUCGUUCCGUUCUCGUGAACAGAUCGCAAUCCCAUCGGCGGCGAAUCCCGGCAGCGAUGGAGCCGCCGCCGCCGACGAGACGCCGGCCACAGUGUGCAGGAGGGAGGGAGCGACGCGGCGCGGCAUGGGCGUGGCCAUGGCGCUACCGGAGGACAUGGUGCGCGAGGUCUUGCUGCGCCUCCCGCUCAAGGCGGCCGUCCGCUUCCGCGCCGUGUGCCGGCGGUGGCGCGCCGCGCUCUCCGACCCGCGCUUCGUCGCGGCGCACGCGGCGCGCUCGGGCCCGCUGCUAGUCGCCGGCGCCCCGUACCGCCGCAGGGACAGGUCCGGCCACGUGGAUAUCCUCAGCCUCGCGGGCGACGUCGUGCGGCGGACGCGCGUGGAGGAGGGCGUCGUCGAGCUGCUCACGUGCGGCGACCUGGCCUGCGUCGUCGGGACGGACGCGAGGGCGCGCGUCCUCCACCCGGCCACCGGCGACGCGGCCGCCGUCCUGCCGCUCGACGUCGCCGAGGAGAACAAGCCAUGGCAGGGGUGGCGGGCCGAGGAGAGGUUCCACGCCGCCGCGUACGCGUUCGGCCGCGCCUCGUCCACCGGCGAGUACAAGGUGCUCCGCGUCGUCCGCUUCUCGCCGGACCAGCGCGACGAGCAGGCCGUCGAGGUCCUCACCCUCGGCGCCGCCGCGAGGUGGACGGCCAGGCAGCCCCCGCCGUCCCACCUCGCCGGCACCGGCAUGGCCGUCGUCGCCGGCGUGGUGCACUUCUUGGCGCUCCAAACGCACCCCCCCCCCUCCGAGCACACGGGCUCCAUCGCUUCGUUCGACCUCGACACCGAGCAGUGGAGGCCGCUCCUCCAUGGACCAACACCCAACCUCCAGCAAGACGCCGAUCCGGAUCCGCGGCCGCCAUUGCUGAGCUUGACCGAGCUGAAGGGCUUCCUGGUGAUAGCCCACCGCCACCGAUCGCAGCACCAGCCAUGGUCAAGAAUGGAUCUUUGGUUCCUCGCCGACUCCGAGGAAGAAAUCUGGGUGAGGGAGUACACGAUCCAGGUUGAGCUUUCGCCGAGAGAUUUCUGCGCGCACCCGCUGCUGGUGCUGGACGAGAGGAGGAUCGUGCUGUGCGCGCGGCCCCAUGGGAGGGUGAUCGUGUACGACCUGGAGACUGGGAGAUGCAGAGAUAGAGAUUUGGGUGUUGGUGAGUGUGUUGAGGUUGGUGUGUACAGGGAAUGUCUGUUGGGUUCAGGUAGUGUUGUUGAAAAUGAAAUAAGGCGAUCCUAA